UUCUCUUUCAGUGUUAAUUUUAAAGACCCACAGUUUGCUGAAGAUUACAUUUUUAAAGCUGUAAUGCUUCCAGGAGCAAGAAAGCCAGCAGCGGUACUAAAACCUGGCGACUGGGAAAAAUCCAGUAAUGGACGGCAGUGGAAGCCCCAGCUUGGCUUUAAUCGGGACCGGCGGCCUGUCCACCUGGAUCAGGCAGCCUUCAGGACUUUGGGCCAUGUUAUGCCAAGAGGCUCAGGAUCUGGGCUUUACAGCAAUGCUGCACCACCACCUGUCACUUACCAGGGAAACUUAUACAGGCCACUGUUGAGAGGACAAGCCCAGAUUCCAAAACUGAUGUCAAAUAUGAGGUUCCAGGAUUCCUGGCGAGGCCCUCCCCCCCUUUUCCAGCAGCAAAGAUUUGACAGAGGUGCUGGGGCUGAACCUCUGCUGCCAUGGAACCGGAUGCUCCAAACUCAGAAUGCACCCUUCCAGCCAAACCAGUACCAGAUGCUGGCUGGGCCUGCCGGGUAUCCACCCAGACGAGAUGAUCGUGGAGGGAGACAGGGAUAUCCUAGAGAAGGAAGGAAAUACCCUUUGCCACCACCCUCAGGAAGAUACAGUUGGAAUUAAGCUUUUGUAAAGCUUUCCCAAAUUCUUUCAUUGUUCUACAGUUUUAUGCUAUUUGUGGAAAGGAGAUUUCUUUCUCACGUAGGAGUUUUUAAUAAAACUACAGUACUUUGUGUAUUUCUUUUAACUAUGUAUGUUUCUACUGAUCUGAUCUCACUGUCUUAUGUUGCUUUCCAAAGAUGUGUGUUGCAUAAUACAGUAGAUCUGAAUUUAUUAUUGCUUGUAAAACACAUUUGAUGGGAAAAGGAAUACUGGUUUUUCAUUAUGGCUGAAAAUUAAACUGGCUGUGGGUUUCAAAACACAGUGUAUUCUAGAUCAUCUAAGAUCCAUACUGAUUUUUAAUGCACAAGAAUUAGAUAUGAACUCUUGAGCUGGAACCCUUGGCAAACUAGAGUAUAUAUUCAGUAUUUCUUUGGAAACAUUUCAUUAAUGUAAUUGUCUUACAGAAAUUUCUGGACUUUAGUAAAAAAAUAAAGUUAAACUUUAAAAAC